CCUCCACCAACCGCUCCGGGAGCCUCGGGAACCUCGGGCGAGCUACGAGGCGAGGCAGUCAGUCGCUCUCAGCUACGACAUGCAUAACGCAUGAGAGAGCCCGAGCGAGAUCUUUCUACGACCCGUCUCUCCGCACACACGCUCUCUUUCUUUCUCUCUUCUUCUCUUUCUCUCUUUCUCUCUCUCACCACAACUGCAUCUCUCUCUCUUUCUCUCUCUCAUCAUUCUUACCGUCUCUCUCACCCUCACACACUACUCUCUUUCCAUCGUUACCACUCGUUAUUACUAACUCUCUCACGCAUACGAUCACUCCUCGACCAACAACAACGCAAACCUUCCUUGGCGUUUGCUCUCUCACUCUUACCAAUCUUUCUCCCACAACUCCCACAUACGAUCAACCGAGUACUACGACGAUUAUUCCGACUAUUACUACGACGACGACAACGACGACGACGACGACGACGACGACGACGACGACGACGACGACGACGACGACGACGACGACGACGACGCCGACGACAACGACGACGAAGACGUGUACGACGAGAGGAGGACUACGACAGCGACUAGAAUCUGGAGAGGACUACACGGGUACGGCACAGAAAGGAGUACGACACGCGCGAGAGUACGGCCGGCAUCAAACGAUAGGAGAGAGUAGCGCGAGUUGGAAUACGCUGUUAACGCUGUUAUAACCAUCAUCGUCGACGUUACGAGAGGUACCGUAUCCGUACCGCCGUACCGCAGUUACUCUUCUCACCGUCGCGUCGUUACAUCGUUCUACCCGUUCCGCAAUAUUCACGAGGAGUGUGUAAACGUUCGUCCAUUGUUUUGUUAUCGUCCGGUAUAGUUCGGCAACUGUGAUCAUCUACAACUUCUUCUUCUUCUUCGUCGUCUUCUUUUUUUUUUCUUUUUAAUGGUACAUAAGUUUUUACGCGAGUUCCGAACGAAAGAAGGCAUGAGUGAUAUCGGGUGAGAUUCCCUGAGAUUAAAUAAACGCGAGUGGUGCUUGUCAUCUUCCAAGGAAGAUAUAACUUGUGUGCUACGAGAGAAUCCUGUGACAUCUAAAUAAAAAAAGAACGAAGAAAAGAAGAUAAAUCUGAUUUAUCCGAAGGAAGAAGAUACUGCUUUUCCUCGCGGUGUAAAAGAGUACGCUCGGAAUGAUGCGGCUCGAUCGGGAUUUCUUACGUUUUCGCGAACGGUGGACCGGUGCGAGCGGUCGCUAAUAUUUAAUAAUAAUAGUAAUAAUAAUAAUAAUAAUAAUCAACAAUAAUAAAUAAUAAUAAUAAUAAUAAUAAUCAUAAUCAUAAUCAUAAUAAUAGUAGUAACAAUAAUAAUAAUAAUCAUCAUAAGAAUAAUAAUAAUAAAUAAUAAUAAUAAAAGUAAUAAUAAUAAUAAUAAUAAUAACCAUCGUCAUCGUUAGAAAGGAUUACUUCUGGAGAACCCAAGAAAUCGAAUCAUUUUUAUUCGGAAGAGGGUGGACAGAGAGAGAGAGAGAGAGAGAGAGAGAGAGAGGAAAGUGGAGAGUGAGAGUGAUAUAUCAGAUAGAGAGAAAAAAAAUCACGGUAAAGGAAAGAGAGGUGUGCUCGCAAAAAUUGGCCGGUACGGAAGGUAGGACCGACCGGCGGCGAGCGCGUUCGAAGGACCUCUCGACGAGGGGAAGUAGAUGGCCGCUACCACGUACAUGCCGGUUAGUAGCGCAGUGUCGGCCGAGCUGGAUGGUGGUUCGGGUACAACAAUCGGGAUGAACAUCGCCGUGGGUGGCUAUUCCUCGGGCUCGCCCCGCAGCGCCGCCGACGCCGGCGAAAUGAAGUAUAUGCCGGCGCCGCAGCAUCAUCAUCAUCACCACCAUCAUCACCAGGUGACGUCGUCCCCGUCGCCAAACGGACUUUCGCAUCCGGCGGCGAGCCUCUCCUCGGCUAACCCAUGGGUCAGCUUGCAACCCGGUAGCGAUCCUUGGGCGGCCUCAAUGGGGAUGCAUCACACGAGUCAUCAUCCUCACCAUCAUCCCCAUCAGGCUAAUACGAGCCUAGAUGUGAAACCUUUAACGGCUGCCGCCGCGGCGGUGAACGCCGAUCAGGGCAUGCAUCAUCGCGGCCCUCAUCAAUCCCCUGGAAUGGCGUCGCCGCAUUCCUGGCACGCGCCCGUCGUACCCUCGGCUCAUUACAAUCCGAGCGGCGGCGCGGCAUCCCCGACUACCCUCCAACAAUACCAUGCGGCUAUGAACGGCAUGCUACACCAACACUCUCACCAGCAUCCCCAUCAGCUGCACAAUCACCAGGCCGGCCUUCCUCAUCAUCUCAGGGACGCCCACAAUCACAGUCCGCCGACGGGUCAUCCUCUUCACCCGGGACAUCCCCUUGAUAGGGAUCACAGUGCCGGCGAGGAGGACACGCCGACGUCCGACGAUCUCGAGGCGUUCGCGAAACAAUUCAAACAGAGACGCAUCAAGCUAGGUUUUACCCAAGCCGACGUUGGCCUCGCGCUCGGUACCCUUUACGGCAACGUAUUCUCGCAAACGACGAUAUGCAGGUUCGAGGCGUUGCAGCUAAGCUUCAAAAAUAUGUGCAAGUUGAAACCUCUUUUACAAAAAUGGCUCGAGGAGGCGGACUCGACGACGGGCUCACCUACGAGCAUCGACAAGAUCGCGGCGCAAGGUAGAAAACGAAAGAAGAGAACGUCGAUCGAGGUCUCGGUUAAGGGUGCUUUGGAGCAACACUUCCACAAACAACCUAAACCAUCGGCCCAAGAAAUAACGACGCUUGCCGACAGUCUACAGCUCGAAAAGGAAGUCGUAAGGGUAUGGUUCUGUAACCGACGGCAAAAGGAAAAGAGGAUGACGCCGCCUAACACGCUCGGCGACGGCAUCAUGGAAGGCAUGCCGCCGGGUCAUCAGGGACAGGGUGGCCUCCAUCAGGGCUAUCACCCGCAGGAUCACCUACACGGCUCGCCCAUGGGCCAUAGCCACAGUCCCCCGAUGCUAAGUCCUCAAGGUCUUACGGCCCACUCGUUGGCGGCUCACUAGCGUUCGCCGGGGCCUCCCCCGUUGGGCCUCGCAUUAACCUCUCAAAACGCGCCGAAUUCCUCCGCGUCCUCGUCCGCGCCACCACCGCCCCCGCCUCCAACGGCGGAGAGUCUACCGCACUUUUAUCAACACUAUCUGCAAACCCGUACGGGUUAUGCCGGUAGCUCGUAGCUCUAGGCGGACCAUCUAUGCUUCUCAAAUCCCGCGACGAGGAAAGAAAAAAGAUGAAUAACAAUGAUUGCAAAUUCAAAUAACAUCAACAACAACAACAACAAUGAUGAUAAUUAUAACAACAUGCAAAAAUCAAGGAGGAAGAAUGGUACGAGAACUAAUUAAACGGGAUUAUAUAUAUAUAUAUAUAAAUAUAUAUAUAUAUAUACACACACAUAUAUAUAUACAUACACACACAACCAAUCUACGCGGAUGGAUUAUUUCAUUCGACGACGAGGUUCAACGGGGCCUAACGAGGCCGGCACUUGGGGGCCCGUACACACCGGGGAGGCUGACGAGAGCUCCGAUGAUGCUCCGAUGUUCGAUGCUGCUCUGCUGUUGCUGCUGUCGCUCUUGAUAAAACUCCUUUAAUAAUUUCGUUCUCUCUCUUUAUCUCUCUUUCUCUCUCUCUCUCUCUCUCUCUCUCUAUAUAUCUCUCCCCCUCUCCCUCUUUCUCUCUUAUUCUCUCACACUUGCUCUCUCUUUUACGCUCUCUAUUACAAUAGAGAUGGACUCAAAGAUUGAUGAAAAGAGAGGGAGAGGGAAUUAAAUAUAAAGGACGAAUUUGGCGACAUAAAACGUCGUGCUAAACCGUCGCAGAGAACACAGAAAUUGUGACGAGAAAAUCGAUGGUCUGUCAAAACACAUGGGACUUGGAAACGUCGCUCGUUCAUCCCUUGUUCGACGAGUGUCGUUUUUGUGUUUACUAUUUCUCUCUUACUCUUUUUCUGUCUCUCUCUUUCUCUCUGUAUCACUCUUUCUAUCUUUCUUUCUCUUUAUCUUCAUAUACUUAUCAGUGCGCGUAUCGAAGAAGGACAAUAUUGAAGAACGAGAACUGGAUUGGAAAAAUGUUUUGGGUUAAUUAUGAGAAAGAGAGAUAGAGAAUGUCUGAAGGACAGAGCACGACGAAUGAGAACAGAGAGAAAAAAGAAAAGCAGACAUAAAGAGAGACGAGAGAGACAACACCAGAGAGAGAGAGAAAGAGAAAGAGAGAGGGGAGGGAGACCAGAGAAAGAGAGAGCGUGAGAGAGAGAGAGAGAGAAAGAGAAAAAGAGAGAGGGAAGAAAGAAAAAAGAAAGAGACGAAACGCAACGAACGUACGUAGGAUAGUGCUGUGUUCGCUUUGGGAUUUUGCGCCGCGAGUCCCGGCGAAUGAUGUAACAUAAGUAAAUAUGGACUGUAAAUAAUGUAUUAGAUAAAAAGAGCUAGUAAGUUAAGUGAAAACAUGAAAGCCGUUUGGCUUCAUCGUCAUCGUCGACGUCGUCGACGUCGUCGCCGCCGCCGCUGCCGCCGCCGCUGCCGCCGCCGUCGUCGCCGUCGCUGCCGUCGCCGUCGUCCACGUUGACACCGUCGCCUGCAUCUCUUCUUCGUCGUCAUUGUCAUCAAAAGCUGCUGUUGCCGUUGCCGUUGCCGCCGACGCUGACGCCGAUGCCGACGCCGACGCCAUCAUUAUCAUCUAUUCCGCCGCUGUCGUCGCUCUGUCGUUUUGUUAUAAACGAAAAGAACAACAAAAAAAUAAAAACAGAAGAAUAAGAGAAAUGAUAGAUAUAUAUAUAUAUAUAUAUAUAUAUAUAUAUAUAUAUAUAUAUAUGAUGUAUAUGUAUAUACGGCAUGGACUAAUCGAUAUGGAAUGAUUGAGAAAAAUUAUAAGAUGGAGAAGAGGAGGAAGAAUUCAGAAGAAGGAAGAGGAGAAAGAGGGUAAACGGAGAGAUGAAACAAGGGCGCACGCGUCGUCUUCUAAGUCGUCGUCAUCGUCAUCGUCAUCGUCAUCGUCAUCAUCAACGUCCUUGUGGAGAUAUGCGAGCCGCACGUGUGCGAAAUUCAACCAGACAGAUCCCCCUCAAACGAAAAUAUCACCCUUCUGUAUAAAGAGUGUACAUAGAUUUCGAUCGAAUGGGGACGAUGCACGGCCGGGAAAUGAGAUUUUGUUGAUACCGCUUGUGUUUCAACGACGUUUCAACGAGAGAGAAAGAGACAGACAGACAGACAGAGAGAGAGAGAGAGAGAGAGAGAGAGAGAGAGAGAGAGAGAGAGAGAGAGAGAGAGAGAGAGAGAGAGAUAGAUAGAGAAAAAGAAAGAAAGAAAAAAAGAGAAAGAAAAGAGAACGUCUCAGUCCGAGUGUUUUUUUAUAUCGUAAGAUGGACAGAAUUUUUAGUGCAUUACAAAAAAAAUGCUAAAAUAUAUAUAUAUAUAUAUAUAUAUAUAUUUUAUUUUUCUUUUCAUUUUUGAAAGUCUAUCUUUUUCUUUCUUCUUUUCUUUUAAACGAAAACCAAAAAAAUCUCUAUGCACAUACGUGAAAAAAGAAAAAAAGAAGAAAUAAAGGAAACAUUAGAAAAUCGAAGGUGUUAUAAUCGUCUAUUGUUAUUCAUUCUCACGAUGUUUUUACACAGAACGAUCGAUGAAUUAUGUGAUACGAAUAUUUAAUGAUUUAAUAACGAGGAUUUUGCAGUUCGUUGUAAAAAAAUAAGAAAGAAAAAAAAAUAAAAAAAAAAAAUAAAAAAGAAAAAAAACUACAAAAAAAAAAGAAGGAAAUAUAAAUAUAAAAAGAGAGGAAACAAAUGAAAAGGGAAGAACUCCUUCGAUUUUCUUCUCUCGAUUAAUUCGUUUUGAACGAGCAAUAUGACGCGUGCGUUUAUUCCGUUCCGCAAGACGGUGCAUAUGUCAGCGAAGAAAAUGAUGACGAUAGAUAGAUAGAUAGAUAGAUAGAUAGGUAGGGAGAGAGAGAGAGAGAGAGAGAGAGAGAGAGAGAGAGUGAGAGAGAGAGAGAGAGAGAGAGAGAGAAAGAGGCGACAUGUAAAAACAAUACUUAUGGAUUAUCACGAUCUAAUACACGAAAAGAAAAAAAAUUAUACGCAUCUGUAAACAAUAUCCCUAUCUACCUUUUCCCUCUUCCGUCACACCUCUUCCUAUUUCUCCUACCCUUCCCUCUAUUUUAUCUCCUCCCCCUCCCCUUCCACAUUGUAUAUUAUUAUUAAACAUUAAUUAAUUAUUAACGAUAAAAAAAAGGAAAUGAAAAAAGAAAAAAAAAAGUAAUCGAGAUCUGGCAAGUGGUAGGUGACGUUUUGUUAGAACGACGGAAACUAAAUUACUACUGAAUUUUAAUUAAAUAAACAACAUUGAAAGUAA